GUAGAGACCUGUCACCGUGGCUCAUCCUCCGAGCCUCCAGAGACGCGCCGCAGGUGGGACUCGAGCCGCACAGCCUCUCCUCCGCCGCUUCGCUCGCAUCGGAGCCUCCGUCUGAACACGCCUGGAUAUGAAUUAUGAGCAUUUUCCUCACUAAUGAACUGGGCCAGUAAUGCAGGAGACCGCGGCGACUCUCUCAUCGGCGUUUCAAGAUGGCAGAUUUUCAUUGAGUUUUGAACAGAAAUCUCGCUUUAUUUUUUGCCAUGAAUAGCAGAAAUCCUUGCACCGAUGGCCCCUGUAUACGAAGGUAUGGCCUCGCAAGUGCAAGUGUUCUCCCCUCACACUCUCCAAUCAAGUGCCUUCUUUAGCGUGAAGAAACUGAAGGUGGAGCAGAGUUGUAACUGGGAUAUGACAGGGUACGGCACACACAGCAAAGUCUACAGCCACAACAGCAGCAAGAACUUGUCGGCCGCCAGUGGCCCCCUCGGCAUCAACAGCUCUCUGCAGGUCGCCAGCUCCACACUGCCCUACGAGCAGGCACUCAUCUUCCCAGCCAGCGCCGGCCACAUUGUGGUCGCCUCAGCCAGCAGCACUUCGGGGACCGUGGGGUCUCUGCUGGGCAGCGGGGGUGGAGGCAGCAGCAGCAACAGCAGCGGUGGUGGAGGUGGCGGCGGCGGCAGCGGUUUGGGUGGCGGGGUUGGCGUUCACAACCUGACGCGCCGCAGCACGGUCAGUCUUCUGGAUACCUACCAGCGAUGUGGGCUUAAACGCAAGAGUGAGGAGCUUGACAACAACAGCAGUGUGCAGAUCAUUGAGGAGCACGGCCCACCGAUGAUCCAGAACGGAGCGGCCAGCGGAGCCACGGUGGCUACGGUGGCCACCGCCACCUCCACAGCGACGUCAAAGAACAGUGGCUCCAACAGUGAGGGGGACUACCAGCUGGUGCAACACGAGGUGCUCUGCUCCAUGACCAACACCUACGAAGUGCUGGAAUUCUUAGGGAGAGGAACCUUUGGACAGGUGGUCAAGUGCUGGAAGAGGGGCACCAAUGAGAUUGUGGCGAUCAAGAUCUUAAAAAACCACCCGUCGUACGCGCGGCAGGGUCAGAUCGAGGUCAGCAUCCUGGCGCGUCUCAGCACGGAGAGUGCAGAUGACUACAACUUUGUGAGGGCCUACGAGUGCUUCCAGCACAAGAACCACACGUGCCUGGUGUUUGAGAUGCUGGAGCAGAACCUGUACGACUUCCUCAAGCAGAAUAAGUUCAGCCCUCUGCCGCUCAAAUACAUCAGACCCGUGCUCCAGCAAGUGGCCACGGCGCUAAUGAAACUGAAGAGCCUGGGGCUGAUCCACGCUGACCUGAAGCCAGAGAACAUCAUGCUCGUGGACCCGUCUCGACAGCCCUACAGGGUCAAAGUCAUCGACUUUGGCUCAGCCAGCCAUGUGUCCAAAGCAGUCUGCUCCACGUAUCUACAGUCCAGAUACUACAGGGCUCCGGAGAUCAUCCUGGGCCUGCCGUUCUGUGAGGCCAUAGACAUGUGGUCCCUGGGCUGUGUGAUAGCCGAGCUCUUCCUGGGAUGGCCCCUCUACCCCGGAGCCUCAGAGUACGAUCAGAUCCGGUACAUCUCACAGACACAAGGUCUGCCUGCAGAGUAUCUGCUGAGUGCAGGGACGAAGACCACCAGGUUCUUCAACAGAGACCCAGACUCCACCUAUCCUCUCUGGAGACUUAAGACUCCAGAGGAUCACGAGGGUGAGACGGGGAUCAAGUCCAAGGAGGCUCGCAAGUACAUCUUCAACUGCUUGGAUGAUAUGGCGCAGGUGAACAUGACGUCAGAUCUGGAGGGGAGCGACAUGCUGGCAGAGAAGGCCGACAGGAGGGAGUUCAUCGACCUGUUAACCAAGAUGCUGACCAUUGACGCAGACAAGAGGAUCACCCCUAUCGAAACGCUCAACCACCCCUUCGUUACUAUGUCGCACCUCCUCGAUUUCCCGCACAGCACACAUGUCAAGUCGUGCUUCCAAAACAUGGAGAUCUGCAAGCGUCGCGUCAACAUGUACGACACGGUCAACCAGAGCAAGACGCCCUUUAUCACCCAUGUGGCCCCCAGCACCUCCACCAACCUCACCAUGACCUUCAACAACCAGCUCAACACUGUGCACAGCCAGGCCACCAACCUGGCUCCCUCCUCCACCAACAAUGCCACCCUUUCCUUUGCAAGUCCUGAUGUCUCCAUACUAAACUACCAAUCUGCACUCUACCAGCCCUCCGCUGCCUCCAUGGCAGCCGUGGCCCAGAGGAGCAUGCCCCUGCAGCCGGGGGCUCCUCAACUCUGCGCUGCCCGGCCCGACCCCUUCCAGCAAGCGCUCAUCGUCUGCCCGCCUGGCUUCCAAGGGCUGCAGGCGUCCCCUUCCAAACACACCAGUUACUCUGUGCGGAUGGAGAAUGCUGUUCCCAUAGUGACCCAGGCCCCCGGUGCCCAGCCUCUUCAGAUCCAACCUGGCCUGCUUACACAGCAGGCCUGGCCCAGCGGCACCCAGCAGAUCCUGCUGCCUCCAGCCUGGCAGCAGCUCACCCACACCUCAGUCCAGCAUGCCACUGUCAUCCCCGACUCCAUGAGCAGCACUCAGCCCCUCGCCAACUGGAGGAAUUCCCAUCCUCAUGGCAGCCAUUAUAACCCCAUCAUGCAGCAGCCGGCCUUGUUGGCCGGCCACGUCACACUCCCAUCCAACCAGACGCUCAAUGUGGGAGUGGCACACGUCAUGAGGCAGCCCUCAACCAAUAACAACUCCUCUUCCAAAAAGAACAAACAGCACCAGAUGUCUGCCAGGAACAUGUCGGCCUACGAGGUGUCGUCCUCUCAGGCGGUGUUGUCCCCGCAGCGCUCCAAGCGGGUGAAGGAGAACACGCCCCCGCGUUGCGCUGUGCUACAGAACGGCUCGGCCUCCAACUGCCCACCGCCGCAGGGCUGCGGGGGCAGCGGAUGGGGGGCUAGCGAAGCCGAGCAGGCUUCCAGCACCACCCGCGACCAUCAGCACCAGCACCACGUCCCCAGACAGACCAUCAUCAUCCCCGACACGCCCAGCCCUGCGGUCAGCAUCAUCACCAUCAGCAGCGACACAGAUGAGGAGGAAGACCACAAGCAGAACAACAGUUCAUCUUCAAAGCAGCGGAAGAAUGUCAUCAGUUGCGUGACGGUCCACGACUCGCCCGACUCUGACUGUUCCAGCAACAACAGCCCCUACACUGUGGAGUCUAGACCCCCCAACAACAACAGCUACGACACAAAGACCACCAUCCUGGACAACUACAACAACGGCAACCCCCGCACCAUCAUCAUCCCCCCUCUCAAAACCCAGAGCAGCGAGGUCCCGAGUGAGUGUGAGCGCCUGAUGCCAGAUGCAAUGAACCAUCAGAAUGCAGCUUACAAGUUCAAAUCCUCCAAUGGAGUGGUGUCUGGCAAUAAUCACGUACCAGGGGGCGUGACUGGAGGGUCCUACCGACAGCAGCGCUCAGGGCCUCACCCCCUCCAGCAGCAGCCCCUCAAUCUCAGCCAGGCCCAGCAGCACAUGGUAGCCGAGCGAAACGGAGGUCAUCGGCGCCAGCAGGCCUACAUCACCCCCACCAUCGCCACUCAGGCCCCGUACUCCUUCCAUCACAAUAGCCCCUCUCACACGGGCAAUGUUCACCCGCACCUGGCUGCCACACACCUGCCCAGCCAGCCCCACCUCUACACCUACACGGCCCCGGCUGCUCUGGGCUCCACCGGCACCGUGGCCCACCUGGUGGCGUCACAGGGCUCGGCGCGCCACGCGGUCCAGCACGGAAGCUACCCAACAAGCAUCGUCCACCAGGUCCCGGUCAGCAUGGGCCACCGCGUGCUGCCCUCGCCCACCUUGCACCACAGCCAGUAUCAGGCCCAGUUUGCCCACCAGGCCUACAUUAGCGCCUCACCCGCCUCCACUGUCUACACUGGAUACCCGCUGAGCCCCACCAAGGUCAACCAGUACCCUUACCUCUAGAGAAGACACUGACUGACACUGGAGAGCCUGACCCAGCUCUGCUGCUUCCCCCAAACCCACCCGCCACGAGCCCCGUCAACAUCCUCGACAUCCUUUCCUCGACCUCAGACAUAAACAGAGACAGAGGAACAUGCAAUCCUCAUGAAACUGUCACGUGUAACUUGAAGAUGUAACGACAGAGAGAGAAAGAAAAAAAGUUUCACAGCCUCUCUAGAAGGGAAAGGUGGGGCUGAAUUUCAGAGGGGUACAGUUCAAGAUGUUUUUUUGUUUGUUUCUUUUUCAUUCUGUUUUUCCUAAAAGGGCCAGUGUUUGCUUUUAUUUCUCUAUUCUUCGCUUUACUUUACGAGGAAAGUAACAUCUCAGUAGUUUUACAGGGAAGUUUGAAACAGGCCUUUCGGGACAGUGGAGGAUUUCUGGUUUGUUUUCUUUUAUUUUCCCCUCUUAAAUUUGGGAAGUGACUGUUGAACAGGGGUUACUGACUGGAAGUUCGGAAUCCCAAGAGACUUGGGAGAAGGUGAAAUACGGAAACCUGCUGCUCUUCAAAGAAAAAAAUAAUGAUGGCCUUGAACUGUCUUAAUAUUUCCAAAUCAUUCAUGGUGUGGGGAGAAAAGAGAGGCAACUCCCCCCACUCCACCUUCUCCAGCCGAGGAGGCUUCUGGAAAUAUAACCAACAGAAGACAACAAACUUUUUAGUGUAUUUAUAGGUAUUUUUUCCUUUAUGUUUCACCUUUAUGACGAUACUUCAGUUUUAGCUAGGUGUCUUAGCUGGGCCCCGUUCUUAGAAUGUAGCAGUCUGCACCUGUUUGUUUUAAGAAGAAACCUUUUUCCGAUACCAAUAGAUUUAUUUGUUCCUCUUUUUUCAAUGUGAUUGCACAAAGUGGUUAUAAUAACAUAGGCAUGUACAACGUGAUUGUCUGUGUGUGCUACUGUCAGCCAUGCGUGUGUAGUCCACCUCCUCAAAAUUCUCUUCAGUCUUUAGGUUUUGACCAUUGUUCCCUCGUAGUGCCUUACAGAUAUAAUGACACAGUUUACUUGGCUUGGAUCCUGAAAGCCACAAGAGACUAUAGCUAUACUUAGAGAAACAUGUUUCCCUGGUUUGACAUCCUCGUCGGGGCAGUUGUAGCUCUCUUCCAGGUGUAGGCUCAGCCCUUGCUGUUUCUUGUCCUUAAUGACAGCAUACUAUAGGUGAUGAAGAUUAAUGUCAGAGUUGAUAUCACGCUGAGCUAUUUUGUUAUGUGUGCAUGAGAUAACUUGCCUGGGGUACUGACCAAAGUCAUAGAUAAAUUCUUGUUACGUUUGCUCUGGAUAUUAAUGUAAAUAUGAAAAUGUACAGUAUAGCUGUAGCUAUAAACCUCUAUCACAGUGGCACCCAAAAUGUGGAUUUAGUUUGUUUUUUUACCACACGAGAGAAUUCAUGCAUUUUGAUUCCAGAGAUAUUAGCUCAGAUUUCGUGCACAGGGAAUCAGUUACAGUACAAUUUUUGAGACACAGUAGAGGUUGUUAUUUUUUGAGGUUAAAAGCUAGUCCGACAGAAGGGCCUGACAGAAAGUGAUGGUUGCCAUGAGGGUGGUUCUGUGAGGCUGGAGAUAGCCAGGCUGCAGCGAAGAGACGGAGUAUGGAGGGUUGUUUGAGAGAGACACUGUGUAGGCACGAGUGAGGGGGCUGUUUGAAAGCGUAGGGUCAGUUUAGGUAGGGACUGCGGAGGGCAGGAUGAAACUCUCUCUAUCUUAAAUGGGACUAAAAUGGUAGCAAGUUGGCACUGAGCAGGUUGAUAGUAACACUGAGCCCGGGUGGUCGGUAGGAGUCGCAGGGGGCACUACCUUACCUGAAUGCACACUUAGAGUUCCGACACGAAUCCUCUUGUCGUUGUCGUUUGUUGCCGUCGUUGUUUGUUUCUCCAGCAAAGAUAAUGGGAAGUUAUUUGUCGCGCUUGAGGUAUGGGUAGCAUCUCAGAGCUGCAGGAACAGGACAGAAGGGAAACGCCGCAGCAUACACCUGGAAGGGCACCUUGUGGCCGAUUUUGUCGUCACUGUCCAUUUGUCUUCGAACCAGGUACACCACAGACAUCGCCACGCCAGCUGAACGGGAUACCUGAACACUUAGAGAACCAAUAGGGCUGUCGCUUUGUGUGCUUGCUGCUUGAUUUAACGGACAUCAUUUUUUCUUGUAGCCAAUGAUACAAAUAAUCUCCUCUGUUCAUUUGUCCUCUUGAACGUGGGCACAGCAGAACCGCUGGUGGUUUAGUGAAAGCCUUCCCCUCUCCUUCCUGGUAUGCCAUAGUACUUGCAUUUGAAGUGAUUUGUUUUUUUGUUUUUGUUUUUUUAACUUAACGUUAUCUUGAACUUUUUGACAUGGCUGUAGUACAUGUUGUGUUUAUUUUUAGAGAUUGUUGCAAUAAUUCUUGUGGGUGUUUUAUCAGAGUGUGUGUGUGUGUGUUUUUAUUCUAUGUCAGGCUCAUUUCUAAUUUGUGACCUGGGGGUUGAUGUACAGUAAUAUUUAGUAUUCCGCGGAGGUGGGUGUACCUGUGUAAAGUGUUGCAACACUGCUGAUGAUAGUAAGUGUUGAGUUGAUGAUACUCCCGUGGGGCCCUUGUAGAUAGAUGCUUUGACCUGAGGGUGUUGAAAUCCACCAGUCUCUGAAAAAGUCUCUUGAUGGGCCCCAGAGUGGUUUGUCAUCGCGGUACUUGUUUCCCCAGAAGUCUCCACUCCCAGUGUCAGCUCCAGCAUGCAAGCCUAGGGUGCAGGCAGUUAAAGAUGUGAUUACAUAGUAUGUUGCUGGUUACAUCAUUCUUCUCUGUUCUCUUGUCUUUUUAUUUUAUUGUAUCGACUUAAUUUCCUCUAGGUCACUGGGGCCUAAGCACACACGCAUAAGGGAGAUGAUUUUCCAUUGAAAUCUUUUGGCUCCUCUGUUCUGAGACAGACUACUGAAACAUUCCACUGUUGGAGAUAAUUUGGCGUUGCCCAUGCCACACUGCUGUCCUGUCCCCUCUCCUGUCGGCACGGGGACAGCGUUGUCACACUCGGACUUUUCCGCUCCUCCCACCAAAGAAUUCAACAGACUGAUCGUGUACAGCACAGCACAGGACAGGCAGUCCUCCACCGCGUUGAUAGAGCAGACAGGCAAUAACUUCUGGUCUCGUCUUUAAACGCUUUACAAGUGCUUUUGAGGACAUGUUGUUCAACCCCCCCCCCCCCCCCACACACACACACACACACACACACACACACACACUAAUGCAUGUGUGCAUACGAUGUACAAGUACACAGGAAGGAUGGAACAUACUUAAUGCAUACAUACAGCACAGUCAUGAUGUUUAGAGUGUGGACACCCAGCUACGAGAAAAGCUGCAGUCUGUGUUGAAGUUUUUUCCGUUUCCAUUACUGCUCACACUUGGCCCCUGUCUAGAUUGAAGGAUCAAUAAUUAUCUAACCUCUCUCCAAAUUGUAAUGCCAGUUUGGGUUUUUUUUUUUGUUACGUUGUCCAUGUCGUAGCUUUAUUGGUGUUGUAUGAAAAUUGUUUUACAUUAGCGUGCCAUGGAAUAGAAUGACCUGUAAAAAUGAAUUAAUCAAAAAUGUACCAACUAUACCUUUAAAACCAUGGUCACCUGCACAAAAUGAAUGUAAUAUGUGACCUGCGACAUCUGAAAUGGCUUUAGAUCUUUCUCCGUGGGUGACCAUUCAUUUGAUUUCUACACCGUUUCGUGGCCAUGCAUGAUGCAAUAAUUACACAUCUGAUCUCCAGCAAACUCCCAUCUGAGAGAAAUGUAAAAUUACCACCAUCCUCAUAAUUAGGGGAUAUGAAAUAAUCGCUAUUUUCUCAAAUGAAACAUCCACUUAAGAGUAGCCCUGUGUGUGCAACAUUGUGGAAAAUGACUUGAUGUGUACUUGAUGAUACCUUUGUCUAUUGCUCUGUUCACAUAACCAAUGUUUUGUGUUUUAUAAGAAAGGGGAAUCAGAAAUGUGAGCAUUAACGUAGAUCGAGUGACCUUACAAUUACCAAAAUGUGCUUAAGUAAAGUGUAAAAAUGUUUUGUGUUGUUGAGGUGAGUAUAGCCUUCCCAGCUAGCGACUUUACUGUUAGAGUACUGCCUUCCAAAUAAGCAACAAUACCUCCAAAGGUUUGAGAUGACAUUUAAAUUAGAGGAAAGCAGAUAAGGCAGUAUCUCUCUCUAUGAAACCUGGCAUUCUCUUAUCAAAUACACUCUAACUUGCAACUUUGCUCAUGGUAUUAUCGUCAAUACGCCUCCUCUCGGAGCUUUGGAAACGCUGAGAAACAUUCCUGAGAGCAAGACGGCACGCUGUGCUACAUUAGGCUUCUUCAGACAAACUUUGUCAAGGUGACUGAAAGCUCAGCAGUCAACAGUCACUCGUACGGCGUGACGCGUUCGGCGAAGUCGCAGCUGCUUCCCAAAGUACACAGGGGUUAGGGACAGGUGUUAGGUGGCUUAAUCAUGAGCUGACGUGCUUUCUGCAACCGGGAAAUUCGUAAUCUAGCGACGCAAGCAUUCUUAAAGCCCUUUUGGAUGAGAGUGUAUGUUUUUGAUUUUUUUUUUUUUUUGUACCUGUGUUGAGGAGAUCUGCUCCUUUUGCUGGCUAUUCCUUGGGGGAAUUCAGGGUGAGGUGGUCAAGGUUUGAUGCCAUCACUGUUAGAGGGUGUCAGAUGAUUAAAAUGUACGAAUUUAAGAACCAAAACUGAUUCAAAUGCGACUGAUUUCCUGCUCCCUUCGUUUAUUCUGAUUUGUGUAAAACCAGGCAAGGAUAUGGAUUCAUUUCUACCACCUUAAAUCCCCAAUUUACUGUGUUGUAAGAUGUUUGGUCUGACUUUAACUGAAAAACUUAGCUUUUUCCCAUCUUACUUUCAGAGAGAUUUCUGGCCAAGCAGUUAUUUUUGUGGUGUUAAUAAAUGGAAUAGAGAAGUGGUAGACCAAAGCUACAUUCAAAGCCAGAUUUGCCCGCUGACACCACAAAAAUAUUCAUCUUAAACUGGAGGUCAUGUCAGAGUCAAAAUCCCUUUUGGUACAUUCUCAGACUUCUAUCAGUAAAUUUGUAGCUCAAUUUCUAAAAUAGCUACUUGCACAACAACAUUAAUGCAAGCGUUCUAUUAGUUCAUUUUCAUUUUUCUAAAAACCUAAGAGUGCAUCAAACCCUGACCCCCUUUUGUGUCCCUUGCUGUAUGGUUUCUCAAUGGUGUAAAAUCUCAUUCUUUGUCGAUAAAGCUAAUGUGUGCUGCAGUAUUUCCUAGUAUACUUCUCUGUUUAUUGUCUUUUCUUAUUUACUUUUUGUUUAUUGGGGUGUGAUGUCUCAUUAUUUCAAUCUGUUGACGUAGCGUUCUAUGUAUACCCUUUUCCUUAGCUUAAUAUUAUUAAGUAUGUUAUGAGAAUGGAUAUUUUACUGGCUUUAUAGAAUGUUUAAAUAAAUAUAAUAAUGACAAUAAGAAGAAGGAUUAAUUAAACCUCCUAACAAGUUGAGUACUUGCUACUAAGCGCUUGUGUUACCAUUAUGAUGUUGUGUGCUUCUCUUAAUCAUUUUCGUUGUAGAAAAAUGGAGUGAAUUUAUAUUAGGCUUCGAAAAAACUAAUGAUAGCAUUGUAAAUUUUACAGGAGGAUUUUAACACACAAACAGCUUCGUCAAAUAGAAGAAUAUAGUUAUUUUAAUUGUCCUCUUUACUAACUGUAGGGUGAGAGGGGGCUCGCGUUGUGGUGAACUAUGUUAUAGCUUGUUAUUCACUGUUACUUUUGAUCAUUUUUUCGGUCUCCGAGGUGAAUCGAGUUAUUAAUGAGAAUUUGUAUGCUCACAUAUGCAUAUUGUAUAUGUGUAGAAAUGUAAUCACACUUUGUCUUGGAUUUACAUUAAACUGUUAAGUCACGGCACCAGA